GCGCCCCUCCGCCUGGCGCGCGGCGUGGUCACGCCCAGCGCAGGCAUUAGCGCCCGCCGGUGCGGGGCGCGGGCGCCCGGGCAUCCUCAGGCGCGGCAGCGGCGGCUCGUCCCUGGUACCUCGGAGCGCCGCGGGCGCGGAGCGGCUCGUAGUGCCAGCCGUGCGCGCCUCGCCUCUCCUCUCUGCGCCGCCAGGCAACGCCAUGAAGCCGGCGGUGCUGGAAGUAAUGAGGAUGAACCGGGUGUGCAGGAUGGUCCUGGUCACUUCCGUGGGCUCCUUCAUCCUCGUCAUCUUCUAUUUCCAAAGUAUGUUGCACCCAGUAAUGCGUAGAAAUCCAUUUGGGAUGGACAUUUGCUGCCGGAAAGGAUCCAGAAGCCCACUCCAGGAACUGUAUAAUCCAACCCAGUUGUCCAACACGGCAAUUCUUCAUCAGAUUAGACGAGACCAAGUGACAGACACGUGCCGAGCAAACAGUGUCUCUAGCAGGAAGCGCCGCGUGCUGACACCCAACGACCUCAAGCACCUGGUCGUGGAUGAAGAUCAUGAAAUGAUCUAUUGCUAUGUUCCCAAAGUGGCCUGCACAAACUGGAAGAGAGUCAUGAUGGUUUUGACGGGAAGAGGCAAGUACAGCGAUCCAAUGGAAAUCCCAGCCAAUGAAGCCCACGUGUCUUCGAACCUGAAGACCCUCAACCAAUACAGCAUCCCAGAGAUCAACCACCGCUUGAAAAACUACAUGAAGUUCCUCUUCGUUCGCGAGCCUUUCGAGAGACUGGUGUCAGCCUACAGGAACAAGUUCACCCAGAAGUACAACACUUCCUUCCACAAGCGGUACGGCACCAAAAUCGUGAGGCGCCAGAGGAAAAACGCCACCCAGGAAGCGCUGCGUAAAGGCGAUGACGUGAAAUUCGAAGAGUUCGUGGCGUAUCUCAUUGACCCGCACACCCAAAGAGAAGAGCCCUUCAACGAGCACUGGCAGACUGUGUACUCCCUCUGCCACCCUUGCCACAUCCACUACGACCUCAUAGGAAAAUACGAAACGCUCGAAGAAGAUUCAAACUACAUUCUCCAGCUGGCGGGAGUAGGCGGCUACCUGAAGUUCCCCACCUAUGCAAAGUCUACGAGAACUACUGAUGAAAUGACCACAGAGUUCUUCCAGAACAUCAGCUCCGAGCACCAAACGCAGCUGUAUGAAGUCUACAAACUUGAUUUUUUAAUGUUCAAUUACUCAGUGCCAAGUUACCUGAAAUUGGAAUGAGGGAUGGGUCGGGGGGGCAGAGGGGAGAGAAAGCCUGUUUUAUUUAAGAUUUUUAUUUGUCAUAAUAAAUAUGGAGAAUGGGUUAUUUUGUAAAUUAAUAUUUUCUUUUUUUGAAUGAUGCUGCGAGCAGCACAGUCAAAAUUAUUUAAAUCAACUGUAAGAAAGGACAGCUCUCUUUGCAGGGUAACAGGAUUGUGACGAUCUAGCUGUAGAAAUGAAUAAUACUGCUACACUGUUUGAAAAAAUGUUAAUUGUGUUCUGGUGAAUUUCAUUGAUCUUGCAUUCCUCCAAUUCUAAUUAAUGUUAUUUAUACUUAUUUAAAACAUGGUCUCUUGGUAGGUGUCACUUCAGCAGCAGAAAUAAGAGAACAUUUGGACCAAAGGAGUCUCUGGGUUUGUGUUUUCCUCAGUUGAGCUUGCCUCUGGGUAAUAAUAUUCUUCCAUUAGCUAUUGAUGGAGGUAAAUACGGGAAUGGUUCUUGGUACCACAUGCUUUGAGAAGAGUGGUGGAAAUAAUUCCUUCAGAAAGUGAUAUUGCACUUAAGCGUAGUAAAGAAAUCUGUCUUUCUAGCCCUGAAAGGGAGAAGUAAGACAGAUAUUGAUAGAUUCAUGAUGAUACCUAAAACCCGUGACUGAAAGAAAUGUGAAUGUAUUCCUCGGGAAAAGAAACCGUGAACUUUUUAUAAGUCUGGACUUAAUGAUUUUGUCAAGGAUAGGACCAGUCCCACUGUCACUUAAUUUAAAGCCUGCCAGCCCAAAUGAAUACAGAUUUGCAGAUGGCCCAUCAGAAAAAAACAGCAUUUUGGAAGCGACUGUAGCGAUUUUUGAAUGCCCGAAGCAAUUGGCAAUGACCUAAUUCAUAUCCAGGAUGGGGCUGGGGGGAGCUCCAUCUUCUGCAGGUCUUGAGAACGGCAACCACAAUUGGCUCAAAAAACACCAGUUACGAUACGCUGCUAUAAAGGAUGUGGGCAUGUAAUUUGAAAAGGCUGAAAGUCAUCUUGGUGUUGAUCUCUGAGCACGGAAGGCAAUUAAAAAAGGUCUCUCAUCUCCCUAUAUGCCCAUUCCAUGGCUUUUUGCUAGGGAGAAUGGAAAGUCGUCUUUUUUUAGUUGAUGCCUAAAUGCUGUUGACAGGGAUGUUUCUCAUUUCCAGUGGGUUAGUAUUUCAUCUAAGUCAGCUCUAGUGUAAGACCAUCUUUUAUUUAAGAUGAACAUCUCAGUAGUGUUUGGUUUGUUUAUAACAGCUGGUUGGGAUGGCAGAUUGUACCAGGCAUAGCACGCCGAGCUAUUGUUUUGAGCAAGCAAGUGGCAAUCAUCUCUUUGCGGCAAAUAGAUAAUGAAAAUUGGGAUUUCAGUGGGGAUCUGUUAGCAGGCUUAGUGAGCAGAAGUACAGGCUUCUCCAAAUGUUUGCUUUAGCUUGCGGGAUGUGGGGUGUAUGGCCAAGCAGAGUGGUCUGUAGCCACCCCAAGCUGGCAGCCAGCUGACGGGCAGAAGGAGGCAGAGGCUUAAGUUGAGGCACUUGUGAGAAGCUAAAAUCUGUUUUAAAGUCAUUGAUUGAUGGUUAAGAUGAGGUUUUGACUUGCCUAUAUGUCAAGCUUAUGAUCAAACCAAACCCUUCCAAAAAUUAGUGAAGAUUUUAAAUAAGCUCAGCUGAAGGCAGAGCUGUUUUUCACAGUAUCAGAGUCAGAUGCCAAAAACAUAAUAUUUUACAGUAGCCGAAUUACAUCCACCAAAUUACGUUAGUCUCCAGGAUACGUAAGUGGUUAAAGAAGAAAAAUAGGUUCCAUCUUAUUUUAUAAAAAUAAGUCGCUGAAUAAAUCUCAGCGAAGAACAAAUUAACAUAACAAACAGCAGAUAAAGUCCUUUCACAACUGGAUUUGUUCUUAGCCAGGAUUCAGGUCAUUAGUUUUUUUUUAUCAUACCCAACAAAUAAAUCUCUCAUCUCUUCUCGCACAGCCACAUUUUUCAUAGCCCAGGUCCUAUUUAUAACACGGAGCGCUGACCUGGCGCAGAACUGGCUGCGCAUCACAGCUCUGAAUUCUGGAGCGCUUGCUGAUUGCUGGCCGGUGUUUUAUGUGAAAGCAGUUUUGUCUCACUUAGAGCAUGCAGCGCGGUUUCAAGUGCCUAUCACAGUGUGCCCUGCCUUCCUUUUGUUCAUAGUUCAAUAGUUACAGGUUUGUUAAGAUAUAAAAUCUGUCUGAGGGUAGAUUUCCCCUCUCCCUCCACUAUUUCCCACAAGCUAUUGGUGUGCUUGUGUUGUCUUGUAUCCAACAGUGCUCAUACUUCGGUCCAGUUUUCUCGUCAGUUGGUUGGUAAUCCCUCCAACAGAUUGUGAUGUGAACUUUUUCAUUUAAGAAAAAAGUUUCUUCAGAAGCAAAUAUUUUUUAAAAUGGAAUGUGCUUCCCCCUUUCUUUUUGUCCUUUUUUUUUCUCUCAUCACCACGUUUUUAUCUGUUCUGAAAUACCCUCUUUAGUUUCACCGCUUUAGAGACACAAAAACCUUAUUUGACAGCUAUGAUAGGAAAGCUUUAGGUGAAAAAGAUGUUGAGGAGAUCUGAGGGGUGAGCGCUGCUCGAGCCGAGAUUUUUCGCAGCAGCUUUGGGUUUGAUUACCCAAACUCUGCCUCCCCACAGCGGGCUGCCCUCUGGGUGGGUGCUCAGCACUGAGAAGGCUUUUAUAUGGUUUUAAGUGGGUACUUAAAAGUCACUUGCUUUUUAAAAACCUCCAUCCCAGACUACUACAAACUGUCCAUUUAGCGUGUUGUAUCUAUUUUGGGGGUGCUGUGAAUGGGCUGGGAAUUAUUUGUGUCUUAAAAGAACAGCUGACAUGCUGGAUAUGAUGGUGUCCUUCACAGUGAGCAUGAAGGUCUCACCAGAUCAGAGGAGAACCACAAAUGUUUAAGGAAUAGCCUUUUUUUUUUCCUUUUUUUGGUGUACUGGGUGUGAUUUUGUUUUUGACUGGGCCAAUAAAGAAAUCUUUUUCCACUGCCCCCACAAAGGAAGAUAUUCAGGGUUCAGUGAGCUGGUGGCCACCACCUACAGUGCUGGGGGAGCCAGAGAACUGGAUUGGUUUUACCCCAUCUCUUCACCAGGUUUCCCAGCCAGAGGAACAGGGCUGGUGUGCUCCUAAGCCCUGCUUCCCAUCCAGCUUCAUUUCUGCUGCGGCCACAGCUGGUCCCAGGAGACAAACAGGCAAAACUUUGGCCACAGCAGAAUUCAAGAUAGAGAUGCAGCCUUGAGGGCCAGCUGGGCAGCUGCUCUUGUAGAGGGACGUGUAUGAGCUGAGCCGUGGUGAGCACAGGGCCCAGUGGGGAAGGUGAACAUGGUGGUGGCUCCUGGGUGGCGGGAGGUCCCUCCAGACCUGACUCGGUUCGUGCUUCGGCCUCUUCUAAACCGUGCCCAUUGUCACAGAAGUGUGCAAACUGCCUGAACCAUGCGCUGCGUAAAGCAAGCGAAAUAAAUAAUCCACAAGCAGAAGUGCUUUUAGGAGUAAGUUGACCCCAGAUGUUUUAGGGUUUCACUGUAGUCUGCUGCACUUUUCAGGUACAAAAAGGGACUGUCCUUACUAUUACUCUUGUUACAGAGAGUGUUAUUUUCUUACAUGCAUGCACAAUACAAUGUGUACGAAUAAUUUAACAUCGAUGUGGGGUUGGAUUUUUUUUUAACCUAUUUGUAUGCAGUAGAAGGCUUGUUGUAGAAGAGUAUCUCCUCAUACCUAAAUAUACUGUUAAUAAAGAAAAAAGCUAAAUUAUACAUUGCCAACACAAGUGUGAACUGCUCAUGAAUCUUUCCUUAAAAAAGCCAUUCAAGCCUGAUUAUUUUUCUAAGUAACUUCAAUUAAAUUGGAGAAAGAAA